ACUUAAACCCAAAACCUCACCGCCCAACCCGCAUCUUCCUCAACCUAUUCUCUGUUGAUUCUCUGUUUCUUUCCACUUUUCUCUCUAUUUUCCUUUUAGAUAUCGUCGAUUGAUAGACAACAUGGCACGCACAAAGGCCCCUCCUCGGAGACUUGCUCCGACCGCAGCACACGCCUCUCCUGCCGCUGUCGUCAGCUCCAGUUCGCAGUCAACACCGUCGGCUUUCAUCCAACUCGCGGCAGGCGCAUUGAUCCUCGUCGUUCCCGUGGCAACCAUUGCUCUCAGCUCUCAGCUUGCUCAGUAUCCCGUCCGCACGCUUGCGGUCGCACUUCCAUACACCGCAGCCGUGCAACUUGGCGCUGUCCUGACUACUGCCGGACAGCCAAAGAAGGCAUCCAAGAAGACCGCUUCUCGGAGUUCUGUAUCCACUGCAUUUCUGGCCUUGGUGCUGGCUGCAUUACUAACUCCACUGCUGCACAUCAUCUUCCUCCUCUUUGGCGCGCCGGUAACGAUAGCCGUUCCAGAAACAUUCCUUCUGAGUGCGCACACAAGUCUGCUCAUGCUUUUCCCACUGCUUUGUACUAUUCCGCUUGACGCAGUCUCGUGGACUCAGGCGGUAGCGCUGCGCGGGCCGUGGACCGCGAGCUACGUUGCUGCUAUCGGGACCGUUGUUGGCGCUUGGCUCGGCGCUGUCCCGAUUCCUUUGGACUGGGACCGCGAGUGGCAGCGGUGGCCGACUACUGUUGUUGCGGGGGCAUAUCUCGGAAACGCGGUCGGCAAGGUUGUCGGUGGACUGCUGGUAUCGCAAAAGCGCAAGAGUGCGUGAGUGGGUGUAUUAUAUACUAUAUGUGUAUUUUAUACUAUGUACAUGAUAAUAAAACUACGUAAUGAC